AUGGAAGUCCCUUUCGACCAGAAAAUAAAUGUUGUAUACCUCGACGAAAGUCGCAAAACUCCUGUGCAUCGUGCUGUUCUGGAUGGUAAGCACGAACAGGUACAAGAAAAAGUACGAGCCGCCUCUGGGCUGGAUGACCAACAUGAACAAGAAAGGACCCCACUGCAUGAUGCGACCAAACACGGACACAGGUACCUUUGCCUGGUUUAUCUCAAAGAGAUUUAGGAUUGAGUGUCAUAAACUGAAACGUAUGAUUCCGAACAAAUACCACAAAUGGUGAAGCCAAACACACUUUUCGUCCCCUUCGAUUCUGAUCAGCGAAUAUAAUACUAACUGUAAAAUCUACAGGUUGCAAUGGAUGCGUAGUUAUUAAUAAGAGGGUCUUGACUGGGUAAAAGCUUUUACGGCUAACGCUUAGAAUUUUGGCCAAUAUAUAGCUAACGGUUAAUAUCUCUCCAUUGUGGUCACCAUAUAUUUUUUUACUGUUAACUUUUUCAAAUUGAAAUUUUUAUUCUUUACGGCCAAUUUCAUUUGGUUGAUUGGCGGUCAAUGGUUACCCCCAUUCAAUGGGGGUAACCAUUUUAUAAAUAGGGUCUCAGUGAGACCCUGUUUAUAAAAUCAAACUGUAGAAUUCUUAAAAAGCUUUAAAUUUAGCGAUUUUGAAAGAAUGAAUAAUUAAAAAAGGGAAGUAUAAGAAUUGACACCAACUGAAGCAAAUAGCUUUCAGUUUUAUGAGAAACGGCGGCCAAAGGGUUGACGCGCUGGGUUCUAUCCUUAGCCUGGUUGCUGUAUUGUGUUCCAGUACAAGACACUUACAUCUCUCACAGCGCCUUUCUCCAACCAAAGUUAUGUAUGGGUACCGUUGAACUGUCAGAGAAACCUGACAAAACGUUAUAGGGGUCAAGGGGGAAGGGGGUAGCCCGGGAUGGGCUAUCAUACCCUACUGGGGGUAUAACCAAUACUUGUGGUUGCUCUAUUCUACGACUGCCACAAUAAGUUUCGACUCUCUAAGCACUAAACAUGAGAGCAGAUUUUACCUUAAUAUUCUAAAGGGAUAACUAAUGUUACAAGUUCCCUUUUUUCACGAGGACUUGAAUUUUAAACCAUUAGUCUGUAAUCCAGCAUUUCAACUGUUCGGUUGCGUUGCCUCCUGGAAAGAUGAUUAUAAGAUUAAACAUUGAACUCAAACAAAGUGUAGAUGUUUGAGUUUUCGUUUUCUACAUGCAGGAAAGUUUGCCACACUCUGUUACAACAUGGCGCUAACUCUUCUAUUAAGGACAGAGAACACUGGACACCCCUAAUGAGUGCAUCAGACCUGGGAAAGGAACAGUUGUGCCAAGAUAUACUCACUGUUAAUCCUGAGACUGAUGACGUGAACGUGGAUGGAGAAACAGCAUUGCAUAUUGCGUGUAGGAGAGGAUAUGUUGGUGUUGUCAACCUGCUAAUGGAUAACGGGGCAAGUUUGAAUGUUUGUAACAAAGAUGGUGUAACGUGUUUUGAGACAGCCGCCAAGGCAAGAAAGAGCGAAGUUGUGUUUGCAAUGAUAAAGCAUAAAAGGUAUGAACGGUUACCCCAGACAGAGCUGUUAUCUACCAGUUAAACUCAAAGUUUUAAUGGCAGGAAGUGAGAGACUCACAUGACAGCCGAAAAGUAAGAGUAUAGAAGAGCAUUACGAAAUUUAGGCAGGCUAGGCGAUGAAACAACGGUCUCUUCUUUGUUUUGGCGUUUUUCCUUGCUUCUAAGAUAGCUAAAAAUGGUAAAAUAAAUUUUCAGAACCAAGAUGGAACUUAGCUUUAGUGCCAUUCUUUCCUCUGUUUUCUUAUAUCAAUGGAAAUUCUCGACUCUUUCUCAAAAAGCAGUCGUGAUCAUUUUUCUGACACCUAAGGUUACCUCAGCAGAACUAAAGCCUCUCAGAAACACCCUUAUGUUUAACCUUAUGUAAGCUUCACCCAAAACCAAGUUCGGUUCUCCCUUUUCUCAAUCGAAUUGCCGAGCUUUAAUAAAAAUCUCAGAUUAAUACCACCCAGGAUCUCCUGCACUUUGUUGUAACUAGAGAUUUUUUGAUACGUUUUGUUAGGGAAACACACGAAAAGUGUUUUAGUGUCCAUUCAUUAAUAAUUAGUAUUUUAGGAUAAACCUCUUCAUGAGCCAUCUUGAGCUUCCUUUCUUGGACAACCGAAAGAAAAUCUGUUUAGGUUAAGGCACAAUUUCAAGAUUUGUUAGACUUAGGGGUCACAUGAUUGAUUGAGUUUGGUCGGCCGGACCGGGAAAUAUUUGACUCUGACUCUGUUUUAUUGCUUCUGAACAGAUGGAUGGAAAUAAUGGAACACAAGGAUAAGAACGGCCUUACCCCCAUGAAGCUUCUCAUAAAACACUUCCCAGAGAGUGCACAGCUGGUCAUGGAUUACUGCAUUGAUCGAUCAGGGACAGAAAGCUCCGAUGAUCCAAAUUUUACCAUUACUUGCAACCUCCGUUUCCUAGACCCCAGUCCUACUCACACCACUUGCCUGAGAGAAAGCCGUUUCUUUGGACCGAGCACCAUGGUGAAACACGAACGUAGAGAAUUACUCGAACAUCCUUUGACACAGGUCUUGCUGAAUAAGAAAUGGUCUUCUUUCGGGCGCUUGGUGUUCUACUUUAACUUUAUGUUCUAUUUUGUCUUUGUUGUCAUGUUUACAGCUUUCUUAAUCCGAUUCAUGCAAAACAGUGAUAAAGGAUCGGGAGAUUUUUUUAUGUAUUCAAUAGUAUUUUUACUUAUAUUUGUCCAGUUCACUAAGGAAGUUAUUGCAAUACUUGUCCAGAGGUUUCGUUAUUUCACCACUUUAAGCAAUCUCACUGAAUGGAUACUCUACAGUACGACGCUUUCAUUCAUAACGUUACUUCUCAUUGUCGAUCUGAUAUUUUCGUUAGUCCCCCUUGAGAAGCGUCAUGAUCUUUACCCACAACUUAUCUGGGUGUUGGGUGCCAUUUCGAUUUUCCUUUGCUAUGCGAAUCUAGUCUUGGUUCUUCGUCGGUUGAGUCUGGUUGGAAUCUAUGUCACCAUGUUUAUAGAAAUCACUAAGUCGGUUUUAAAAGUACUUAUGAUCUUCUUUGUCUUGUUCUUUGGGUUCUCCAUGGUGUUCUACGUCCUCUUUAAAUCAGAGGUAAGAUGAAAUGAGAGAUAAAUGUGUAUGUGAGUAAAUUUGCUUCUGUUUGUGAUUUAUGUGAGUUUUUUCCCUUUUUUUGAUCAUGCUCGUAAUUUAAAACCGACAGUAAAAAUAUUCCUCAUCCUGUACCUUUUCGCGCCGUUUAUUGACUCUAUCAAUAACAACAAGCUUGAAAUAUUUGGUUACAGUAAUUAAUUAAAAUGUCACCGGAUUUCGGGCUCAAUAUGGGUGCAGCAAAUGCCUAAUCGUACCUUUUCAGUGCACUUUGACGACAUAUAAAGCUCGCUCGGUCUCUUCAAGGGUAUCUUGAAAUCAUGACUCAACUAAAAUCGCCUCAUCUUCCAACGGAACGCGCCAAAAAGGUACGAUUAAGGAUGACAUAACGUUAUAGUAAACGAAAUAUACAGUAAUAAUAAACGAUUAACAAAAGUCCAUUAAAUUGUCCGGGUUUGCCAUAGGGAUCGAUUCCCUUCAGUAAUACGCUUAUGGAAAAGGAAUGAGCAUUGGCUUAAGAGCUAAGAGUCUCUCGUAUUUCCUCCACAGAAGGUGGUAUUUAAGCAUCUUGGAUUUGCUUUACUGAAGGUGGCAGUGAUGACAAUUGGAGAGGUUGACUUUGAAGGCAGAUUCAUGCAUUCCCAGAAUAUCACAAACGAGCCGACGUCUUCUCAGACAGCUUCUUUCGUUUUCCUCGGCUUAUUCUUGAUUUUAAUGACAAUUGUACUGAUGAACCUCCUGGUAUGCAUUAAGAUAACAAACUUAUUUGUAACUUUUAAUACUACUAGUAGGAUGUACAAGUAUAAAUGAAGCAGCGUUCUAUCAUAAACGCAGUAGUCUUAUUGGCUUCACCACUCAUUAUCUAUUUGACAUAUGGAUCCCAUCUUAAUAUGUGUCUAUUCAGUGUGAUAUAUUGACCAUUUAACCCCUAAAAGUGACGAGCAUCUAAUUUCUCCUUACAAUAUCCCCACUGAAUUACAUAUUAAUGUCAUGAGAGUAAAGGAAAUAAUCACCAACUAACGAAACUCUUGAUUGUUAGACAAAUUCUCCUUUUCAGCACCUUAGUAAAUGUACAGAGAACAGUAUGGAGAAUAUGAAUACUAAUGUCAGAGUGUAGAGGGUUAAGCUGAAUUAUGCGCGCAUUUUGUCUGCUUCUUACUUACGAUGUAUCGGUAGAUAUACAUCCAUAGAUGACAUCACCAUUGACAAUUGUUUUCUUUAUCGUAUAAAACAUACAGAUUCCAUGUAGGCAUGGGUAUGUUCAGUAACAGAUCACAAAAGACCUCAAAAUAAAGAAACAACGUCAGUGACACGCUCGGCUGCGCCUCAUGAGCCACUUUUUUGUCCUUACCACAUUUUGACCUCAUCUGUGAUCUGUUACUGAGCAGACGCUCGGCAACAUAGAACCUUCCUGUGGAAUACACCACAAAUAACGUCAAUUGUAGUUGAAACAAAAAAUUGGAACACGGGACGGAACCGAGUGUGCCACCGACUCAAAAUUCGUAUCAUCAAGACGCUUCCAUGUAAGAAAUCAAACUUAGUGCUACAAUUUGUAGGACGUUGAUCACGGUUACAUGUUCACCUACAGGUGGGUCUUGCCGUGGGUGAUAUCGACGCGAUCCGCCGCAAUGCUGCGUUUAAAAGAAUGGCUAUGCAGGUCAUGUAUAUCGCCAAGGUCGAAAACAGCUUCCCGAGGUGCAUCUCGCGGCGUUUUCGCCAUCCAGAAGUAACUUUGCAGCCAAAUCGUCGAACUCUGAGGAAAAGGUAUGCCGUCAGUACCAUUCUGAUUAAAAGUCACUCGUUAAUCUCAAAAUGUCAGAAAAAUUCUAAAAAGCGACUUUACAACGACUCUGUCAAUGUCUACUUCUCUUUAAUAUCUUUACCAUACAUUAUCCAGUCAACAGUCAACGAGAAAACUGAGCAGUUAGAAAUUAUUAUUUUGAUCUAACACUACAUUCUCGUCACUGAUUGACAGGAAAAUUUAUAGCAACUUGAGGGGAGAAGUAACAAUCACAUCUUGGGAGUCAAAUUAAGGGUUAAAAUGUUCACUUCACAAAAUUAUUUCUUUGUCUUCGAUAUCCAGGUUGAUGCUUCUUCUUGGAAUGAAGACAUCUUCGGGCUUGGACUUUACUCCUCGCGCCAAAGAAGAACCGUUCUCCGGUGUAGUUUUGGAUUAUACUGAGAUUAAGAAAAAGCUUGACCUUACUGAGAAACGCGUCGAAACAUUGGUUGAUACGAUGGAGGCGCAAAACGCUCUGCUCAGAAAAUUAGUAAAAAAGAUUGAUCCUGGAACCAAGAUGGACGAGGAGAGCAUGGAAAUGGAAGGACCGACUGUGGAACACGAGCAUGGGAGCACAUCAGCUUCAGGAGGGGAGUGGAUCCUUGACGACCAGCAGCCACAUGAGAUUAAAAUACAACCACACUUGUACAAAUGUGGAAAGAUUACUAACGUUUAGUUAUAUUAAGCAGCAAAAUACUAUCCUAUACUUGUAAGAGUGUCAGGUGUGAACACAGCGUUUUCAAUCACGCGGAGAGCGGCUAUGCAGAUGUAUAGAAAGAAGGAAAGAGUUAUCUGCAACGUGGGUGCGAGUGUGCGUUGGUUUAUCCAAAUAAGAAUGAGCAUGGUGAGUUCUUAUGACUGGUGACCAGUCCUACCCAUUUGCAGGGUCGACGCAAUGCCGAAACUCGGAAUGUUCGAGAAGAAUGGUUUCAGAAACAGAAAAAUUCUCUUUCAUAUGUGAAAGAGGAUUCACUUCCAUUUACGCGUUCUUUUCAAAUUUCAUGUCGCCGUUGAUAGAAGUAAUUGAUGAUAAUGAUAAUGCAUGCGAACAUUCUGGACAUGUUUAUAUUUGCACAAAUGUAGCACUAUCGAAUAGCCCCAGAGAUUUAUCGAUUUCAUAAAUUCCAACUUUUACUCUCUCUCCCGAUUUGCUUGCUAAAUUUAGGCGCUAAAUUUUAGAAUUGGUCGCGCAAAACAGAAGUAUGGUUUCCCUGCACUAACUAAUAGGGGUUUGAUUAAUGCAGAAUAAUGAUUGAAGCUUAUAUCCCUUUGUCACCUUUUCUCCUGUUACAUGUCCAUCAAACUGUUCAAUGAAAAAAACCCUCCUUUAAUUUAGAUGUUGGGCAUACAUGAGGAAUUCCCACUAUUGCUGGUUUUUAUUUUUGUGAAAAAGCUCUUAAAAUCUCGCUUUCAAUUCCAAGAUAAUGCAGUCGGAUGUUUUAGAAUUGCUCAUUAUUUACUCAGUCAAGUCCAAUCAAAUGAUAAAUUCAAUCAUCUUUGGAGCAAUAUCGCCUGAGGUGGUUCGUAAAUUGAAUCAAAAUUAUGCAACUCACUUCCACAAGAAAACUAAUGCAUUCAAUGGGCUACACAUUUUCGCCACAAAAAGGUUUUUUUUUUGUUCAGCGAAGCAUUUUAAAAAAAGGUUUAUUUUACUUGGUGCGAGAAAAUCUGCUUUCAAGCAAAACUGUGCUAAAGAUGAUUUUUGGAUGCUUUUUGGAUUUGCGCCCCUAAACCUUGGAAUAAUCUUCCAGAGCAUAUAAAAUGUAGUUUAAAUCUUACAUCUUUUACCUUACCUUAAAACCUUAAAACUUAUCUUUUCAAGCACUCUUUUAAUUUGUGGUUUUGCUCUAGUAAUUUCCGAAUUUAUUAUUUAUUGCUUUAAACAUUUUAUUGUAAAGCGCGCUAGAGCUUUAGAAUAGGACGC